UGCUCUCCCUCUCUUAAGUCAUCCUCAUGCCUUUACAUAUUUUGCCCAAAAGAAAGUCUGAUUCAGCCCUCUUUUCAUUUUUUUUCCAAACUGAACCUACCUGAAUUGUCCAUCUAGUACUAUGGCAACAAUAGAUGCUAGGCAAAGGAGUCAUCUUUCUUAAUUUGCAUCUGGUGGAUUCCCUACUCACCUGUCAAUUGAAAAUUGUCUUUGUCCAGAUCGGUAGGCCAUGUCCAGAUGGUAAAAAAGUGUAGAAAACAGAGAGACUAAAGGUGGGUCAUCCGUCAAAUGUUUGACACAAGCGCUGCCAUUUUCAGGUUGAUCCUUCUGGGGCUUAAAUGGCCCUGGAAUUUACAAUUUAGCCCCCAACCUGACAAUUCUAAGGUUUGGUACGACCUCAAAGUUAUAAAAAAGCAACUCAAAUAUAAAUUAGUCUUGUUUUCAUCCUUGAGCUUCAGUUUUUUCUGCAAAACUUCUUCAAUGGCAUUGCCAAUGAGGACAAGAUUAAGGGUCUAUGCCUCCACUCUUGCAUGUAUAUCUGUUUUCUGCUGCAUCUUUGGAACAGCCAAAGGGCAAGGGACUCAGGUUGGAGGCGGUGGUGGAUUUAAUCAGCCAGGCGGCGGUGGAUUUAAUCAGCCAGGCGGCGGGGUAGGAGGAGGCGGUGGCGGGGUAGGAGGAGGCGGCGGCGGAGCAGGAGGGGCCGGGGCAGGAGGCGUCGGGGGUGGUUUUAAUCCGUCAGGAGGCGGGGCAGGAGGCGUUGGGGGUGGUUCUAAUCCGUCGGGAGGCGGGGCAGGAGGGGUCGGUGGCUGGUUCUAUCCACCAGGAGGAGGCGGGUCAGGGGUGGCCGGUACGCCUCAGAUCAUUGAGAAAGCUUUGCUUUGCUUCAAUGACAAAAAUAUCUAUAAGGCUUGUGAAGAAUCUUAUAGGUUGGAUGAAAGUGGAGACCUCCAUGUCCCUCCUGAGUAUACCAAUGUAUUCUGCAACGGGCCGUGCUUGAGCGAAACGAACUUGGUGCUCACAUGCAUCGAGGGGGUCCUGUCAAACUUCCUUUUCUACAACCACGCGACGAUAAGGGACAUCAAAGAUACAAUCCAUGCAGGAUGCGGCUUUGGACCCGAGAGAGGCGACUUCAACGUGGCCGAGCACAUUCAAGCCGAAGGGAACGGUGCACCCAGGAAUGCCAAGCAGGCCGUCUUCUACAUCCUAACGGCGGUCAUGGGGUGGUUGCUCCUACUUUGACUUGGGACUGUUAUUACAAGAUGCUGUGCCUUAAAAGAGUGUUCCCUUCAUUUUUAUUUCUGAUAUGGACAUAUAGCAGAAACGGCACCUAGAUGGGAUGUUCCGCAUACUUAGCCACUACGAUAUGAAUAUGAUGUAUGAGGAUUAGUGUAAGGGUACAAAUUAGCUGUUGCUACC